CAACUAGAUUGUAUAUAAAUGUAGCUUCAAGGCCAAUAUCACGCAAUAUCUUCUAGACUACAUCCAAUAAUGUUUCUUUUUCUGCUUCUUGGAUUUUCAACUUUUCUGUCAACUGGCAACUGCUGGCUUUGGACAACGCAUUUGAAGACCUGUAUUCCUAGAUACCACUAUUGGCAACCCUACUAUAACGGUAUUCCGCCAAAGGCAUAUUUAGCUGGAAUAGAUAGAAAUGGAGACAAAAAAUAUAUAGCAAGAGUUGUCGCACCAGACAAAAGAUCUUGGUCUGCACCUACAACAUUCUCGGAAAGAAAUAGCCAUAUAUUCUUUUCCUGGGACAAACAUGACGGAAUUAGAGUUGAUGCAUGCAUUGAAGUUUUAUGUAUAAACCGACCAGCCGGAGGAUUUGGAUGGCGUGAGACAACAAAGCUUGAUUUCGAAAAUUCAAAAAAGGCCUGCUGUUUAGUUGAAGGUGGCUCUGGGUAUAAAGACGGUAAAAAAAUUGUUUCCUACGUGGGGAGAACAUUACAAAAAGGUGUCUAUUACAUUGGCGGUGUGUAUGAACCAAAGUGGACAUUUCUCUUUCAAUCGCAUCCAAUGCAUUAUGUGGAUGAAAUAGGAGGAUCUCAUGGCCUCAGCCAAGACUUCGAAGUUCUGUCUUACGAUUGCUGUACAGAAGAAUAUUGUAGAAAGCCAAACAAGGCUGAUUGUUGCUACGAUAUUGUCUGAAUUAAGAAGCUACAAUCACAUAUCUUUAUGAUAACUUGUAUUUUUUAUGUGCAUUACACUUUUCUAACUUC